GUCACUUGUGCGGAAGAGUGCCCGCGGCGAGCGGCGCGUGCGCCCUGCGCAGCGCGCGAUGAGGGAGGCGGGGCCGCCGGCACGCGCCGCCGCCGGUUAAAGGCAACAGAAGUUGAAAACAUUCUCUGAAAACACCCUGCUUGCUCCCCUCUGGGCCUCCCCACCAUCUUCAACAUGGCUGGUGGCAUCACUGACACAGGAGAGCUUUACUCUCCCUAUGUUGGUCUGGUUUACAUGUUCAACCUCAUCGUUGGAACAGGAGCCCUGACCAUGCCAAAGGCCUUUGCAACAGCAGGGUGGCUUGUCAGCCUCGUUCUCCUGAUGUUCCUGGGGUUUAUGAGCUAUAUGACCACGACCUUUGUGGUGGAAGCCAUGGCUGCUGCAAAUGCCCAGCUGAGAUGGAAGAGAGUGGAAAAACACAAGGAGGAUGAUGAGGAUGAGGAUUCUUCCUCUGGAGUAUCUGACAGUGAUGUUCUCAUCCAAGAUGGCUAUGAGCGAGCAGAGACGCGACCUAUCCUGUCAGUGCAGAGACGUGGCUCACCCAGCAUCUUUGAAAUCACUGAGAGGGUGGAAAUGGGCCAGAUGGCAUCCAUGUUCUUCAAUAAAGUGGGUGUCAACCUCUUCUAUUUCUGCAUAAUUAUCUACCUCUACGGGGACCUGGCCAUCUACGCGGCGGCUGUUCCAGUCUCUCUCAUGCAAGUGACCUGCAGUGCCACUGGCAACCAUUCUUGCAGCGUUGGAGAUGGCACAAAGUACAACGACACAGACAAGUGCUGGGGGCCAAUUCGACGGAUUGAUGCCUACAGGCUCUACCUGGCAGCAUUCACUCUCCUCCUGGGUCCUUUCACCUUCUUCAAUGUGCAGAAGACCAAAUAUCUUCAGAUUGUGACAUCCCUCAUGAGAUGGAUAGCUUUCAUCCUCAUGAUUAUUCUGGCCCUCAUCCGCAUCGGCAGAGGCCAGGCUGAAGGUCACCCCUCCAUGGCCCAGCUGUCAGGCAUCCGCAAUCUCUUCGGGGUGUGCGUCUACUCCUUCAUGUGCCAGCACUCCCUGCCCUCCCUGCUCACCCCCAUCUCCAAGAAGCAGCACAUCAGCCGCCUGGUGCUGCUCGACUACAUCCUGAUCCUGGCCUUCUACAGCCUCCUCUCCUUCACCGCCAUUUACUGCUUCCGCAACGACUCGCUGCUGGACAUGUACACGCUCAACUUCACCAGCUGCGACAUCACCGGCCUGGCCUUCAUCCGCUACUUCCUGGGCCUCUUCCCCGUCUUCACCAUCAGCACCAACUUCCCCAUCAUCGCCGUGACCCUCCGCAACAACUGGAAGACCCUGUUCCACCGGGAGGGGGGCACCUACCCCUGGCUGGUGGACAGGGUCGUCUUCCCGGCCAUCACCCUCGCGCCCCCGGUGCUGGUGGCUUUCUGCACCCACGACCUGGAGGCUUUGGUGGGCAUCACGGGAGCCUACGCUGGGAACGGCAUCCAGUACCUCAUCCCGGCCUUCCUGGCCUACUGCAGCCGCAAGGACACCGAGCUGGCGUUCGGCGGCGGGGCGGUUAACAAGCACCGCUCCCCCUUCCGCCACUCCUUCUGGAUCGUCUUUGUGCUCAUCUGGGGCUUCUCCUGCUUUGUGUUUGUGACUGCAAACAUCGUCCUGAGCGAGUCCAAGCUCUGACGCGGGGGCGGCG